AUGAAUUUACAGAAGCUUAUUUCUACUAGAGAGGGCCAGCGACGUCUUAUUUCUAGACAACUGGAGAAAUUUAACGACGAGUUGUCACUUUCGGAGAAGUCAGCCCUGCUCGAAAUCAUGGAAGAAAAAGCCGAGAUUAUCAAGAACCUCAACGAUAAGAUUGUUAAUCAUGCAGAUAUUGACGAUUUGGAAACAGAAUUGGUAGAGAGUGACGAAUAUUCAAUUGAUCUACGUUUGAAACUACGAAAACUGAAGGAAGAUAUUACCAAAUCUAAUAACACUGGCUGCGGCAGCGUGAUCCGUAAUUCACAGGACAUUAACGGUAGUGCUAGAACUUUAUCAAAUGAGAACUUUUCUAAUCAUAGCCACAGAGUGUCGUCUGAAAAUUCAUCUUUUCACAGACUACCUAAACUGAGUUUGCCUACGUUUGAUGGAGAUGUUGAAAAAUGGCAGUCAUUCUGGGACUCGUAUGAGGCUGCUGUACAUUUGAACCAAACCCUAUCUGAUGUCCAAAAGUUCAACUAUUUACGUUCCUUACUACAAGACACUGCAUAUACCGCCAUAGCAGGUUUUCCAUUAACUAACGGAAAUUACCAGAAUGCAAUAAAUUUGUUACAAGAACGAUUCGGACAGUCUCAUAAAAUAAUAGAUAGUUACAUGCAGUCGCUUUUAGAUUUACCAAUACCAGACAACAGUGUAACGAGUCUACGCAGGUUUCACGACAAAAUGGAAAACUACAUCCGGGGUUUAGAGUCUUUAGGUGAGAGUCAGGGUUCCUAUGGUGAUUUAUUGAUACCCAUAAUCAUGAAAAAACUUCCCUCCGAAGUACGACGAAAUUUAGCUCGAGAACACGGAAAUGUACGAUGGCACAUACACGAUUUGAGAACUUCUAUCGCCAGAGAAAUAAACCUCCUAGAAAUGGGCAUAACUGACGAAAUAAGAGAAUCACACUUGCCGACGGCAUCAUUAUUUACCGGAACCGGUAAGAAAAAAUACACAUCUAAGAAAUUUUCGCACACAAGAGAUAAUGACAAGGGUAAGAAAUUAUGUUUGUUCUGUGAAGGUGACCACAAGUCGCUUGAUUGUGAAAAAGUUAAAACACGUGAAGAAAAACUAACUAUCAUUAAAUCUAAACGUAUGUGUUAUAAUUGCCUGGGAAAACACCAAGUUUCAGAGUGUCGUUCUAAGUUUCGUUGCAAGAAAUGCCAGCGAAAGCACCAUUCUAGUAUUUGUGACCAACCAUCUAAUUUCGAUUUGAAUCCACAUGCAACAUCAUUUAUAAGCUCUACUUCCGGUCAAACAGGAAAUGCAGGAACUGCUAUUCUUCAUUCAACUACGCAUCAAAGAUCGAACAUUCUACUCAAGACUGCUAUCGCUCAAGUAAGUUCCCAAGACCAUACCAUAACUAAUACAAACAUAUUAUUUGACGAAGGUGCUCAAAGGUCAUUUAUUACGGAAGAGCUUGCUGAGAAACUGAAAUUAAAGCCCAACGGUUCGGACACUAUAUCAUUAGCAUCUUUUGGUGGCAAAUCAGAACAGUGUCGUCAUAUACCAACAGGCAGAGUGUUUCUACACGUCGAACAUAGAGAGAUAAUACCACUUGACGUACUUAUUGUACCAACCAUUGCUGUACCAUUACCUAACUUGCAGAGAAAUGUGAAAUGUCUGAAAUAUAUCGAAGGUCUUAAACUUGCACAUCCUAUUACGGACAUUGACGACGAUUUCGAGAUAUCACUCUUGAUUGGAGCCGACUAUUUUUUAGCAAAUCGUGCAGAAUAA